AUGCCUAGUCUCCGUAAGAUAGCGAUUGGAAAUCAUUUCAUUUUCGAGGACAAGGAAUGGAAGAAUAACAAGGCUUACGAGACGGACGAACCGGAAGAUGAAGCCGUGGCCAUGAACAUGGAUCUGGUGUCAACUACCAAUGCGACGAGCGUGAGCAACACAACUACUGGUGUUGGAAUCAAUGCGGUUGCUUGCACCAGAACUACAAAUACCAUCGCCAACAGCACCUUGACACCAACAGAACCAGCCCCAGUCAUGGCCAUGGAGCUUCGCCAACCUUUCCAAAAGCAGAUCUUGGAGACAUUCCCGAAACUAGAUCAGCUGGAGGUUUGCUUCUCGGAGAAGUCAAUCGGAUCCGAGCUCGCGAGCCUUAUGAGGUCGACUUGCUCUGAGUUCCGCCUUCUGACCUUGACAGGCACGCAGCAACCUUGGACUGAAUCCAUGAUCAAGGGCAUGCCAGAUGCUGUGGAGGAGCUCUUCCUGAACACCAGUAAACUGGGCCAUGUGAUGGCGAGUUUCACCAACAACAGGAGGAGCAAACUGACACAGGUCGAGCUGGAUUUCGGCCAAACAUUCAAGUGCAAGCAAUGCUUGGUGGACACCAUAAUCCGGUCACAAACCAUCGCUUUCGAUGCAGCUCUGUUGAACCAUCUAAAGGACCUCCGUAGCCCCUCGAAGGUUGCUGUCACUGAAACCGCAUAUCACAAAAAGCUCGAGUAG